AUGGAGUUGCUCAAAGAAGCUUUUCCAAAGGAGAAUAAAAUUCCAUCUUCAUAUUAUGAAGCUAAGAAACUGUUGGGUGGCUUAGGAAUGGGUUAUGAAGCAAUUCAUGCAUGUCAGUACGACUGUGCUUUGUUUUUGAAAGAGCAUAAAGAUAGGGAGGACUGUCCAGUAUGUAAUGCUCCUGGGUACAAAAACGAUGACGAGAAGGGUACAAAGAUCCCACACAAGGACCCGCGCAAUGUUAGGUUGGGACUUGCUACUGAUGGUUUCAAUCCCUUUGAAAAUAUGAGCAAUGCACAUAGGACGUGGCCAGUGGUAAUUGUACCGUACAACUUACCUCCCUGGAAGUGUAUGAAAGAGCCAUUUUUAUUGAUGACGUUGCUUAUUCCUGACCCACACGAACCUGGUAAAGAUAUUGAUGUAUAUCUGCAGCCUUUGAUAGAUGAUUUAAAUGAGUUGUGGGAAGAAGGUGUUGAAGUAUAUGAUGCCUCAGAAAAAAAUAAAUUCCGUAUGCAUGCUGCCUUAUUGUGGACCAUAAACGACUUCCCAGCUUAUGCCAAAAUGUCAGGGUGGAGUACACAUGGAUAUUUAGCUUGCCCAAUAUGCAACGAAGAUGCACCAUCAAUCAAACUAAGGAGCAAGAUAGGUUAUGUUCGUCAUCGUCGAUACUUGCCUCCUGGUCAUAGUUGGAGAGACUCGAAAUGUCAUGAUGGGACACGCGAACAUAAGGGUCCUCCGAAAGAGCUUACGGGUGAUGGACUUUUAGCUCAAAUGGAACAUAUUGUGUUCUGUAAUCCAGGUAAGAACCCGAAUAAACAAAGCAAGAAAAGAAAAUGUAGUAAUGAAGAGCGAAACUGGACAAAGAAGAGUAUAUUUUACGAGCUUCCGUAUUGGCAAAGUCAUAAAAUUAAACAUAAGAUCGACGUUAUGCAUACAGAAAAGAAUAUUUGUGACAACAUUGUCGGAACUCUGUUGAAUCUCGACAAGAAAAAUAAAGAUACCGAGAAGGCUCGUUUGGAUCUUGCAGACAUGAGGAUUAGGAAAGAACUGCAUCUUAAACCUAGAAGGGAUAAAUUUAUAAAGCCUCCUGCAUGUUAUGUUAUAAAGCCGGAGGAUAGAAAAAAGUUCUGUCAGUUCCUAAAGUCAGUGAAGUUCCCUGAUGGAUAUGCAUCUAACAUCUCCAGAAAUUCUCAUGUCAAUGACGGAAAAGUAUCCGUACUUAAAAGUCAUGAUUGUCAUGUUUUGCUACAGAGACUUCUCCCUGUUGCAAUUCGUCCUUAUUUGCGCAGAGAUGUAUGUGCCCCCUUAAUUGAGCUGUGCAAUUUCUUUCACGAUUUAUGUGCAAAGACUUUGAGUGUUAGUCACUUAGAUGAGUUGGAGAAGAGAAUUCCUUUGAUUCUCUGUAAGCUGGAAAGAAUAUUUCACCCAGAUUUUUUCGAUGUUAUGGUUCAUCUGGCUGUUCAUUUGCCGCGUGAGGCGAAACUUGUUGGACCAGUUGGCUACAGUUGGAUAUAUCCUAUCGAAAGGUUUUUUGGAACACUCAAGCGUUACGUGAAAAACAGAGCUCGACCAGAGGGUUCUAUUGUUGAGGCCUAUAUUCUUAAAGAAUGCUUGAAAUUUUGCUCUAUGUACUUUCGUGGUACUGAAACCAAAUUUACUCAACGCGAACAAAAUGACGAUAAAUCAAGGGAUCCCCGUUACCAGAAGGGAAAGAUAUCUGUUUUUGCUCAGAGUGCCCGUCCUGUUGAUGCAAAAAUUGUACGUCCACUGUCAGUCGCUGAAAGGGAGAAAAUUAAUUGUGGUAGGCUACCUGCAUCUAGAAUUCAUCUCUAUUUACGUUUAGAGUUAUUAGAAAGAUUUCAUAGGAUUCUUGAUAAUGUCACAACUGAGAUAUAUCCACCAUAG